GGCUCACAACAGUUCAUCUACAGAAUUGGCUCGUGGGCAAACUGAGCCUCAAGAAGCAGCUUCAAGGUCUCACACCUUCAAAAAUAAGUCAUUUAAGAAAUCCAGUAUCUGUGGAAUCUGCAAACAAGUAAUUGAUAGCCAAGGAAUUUCCUGCAGAGUUUGCAAGUAUGCCUGCCACAGGAAAUGUGAAGAAAAGGUGCUGACACCCUGCUUUCUUCCAAGCAGCUAUGAGCUGACUAAUAACUCUGAGGUGGUUAAAAAUCAUGUAACCAGAAGUAAUUCCAGCAGUGCUUUGAAGAACUCCUCUUUCAGUUGUGACAAAGUAUCACGAAGUGCAGACUUUGAUCACAUUAUGGAGGAGGGCUAUGAACUUGACCUCACUUACAUCACAGAGCGGAUUAUUGCUGUAUCCUUCCCUGCUGGCUGUUCUGAGGAAACUUACCUCCACAAUCUACAAGAAGUAACACGAAUGCUCAAAUCCAAACAUGGUGAUAAUUACUUGGUAUUAAACCUCUCUGAAAAGAGGUAUGACCUUGCCAAGCUUAACCCAAAGAUUAUGGAUGUGGGGUGGCCUGAUCUCCAUGCUCCACUCCUUGAUAAGGUGUGCACCAUCUGCAAGGCUAUGGAGUCCUGGCUGGACAAUGAUCCUCAACACGUGGUGGUGAUCCAUUGCAGAGGAGGAAAAGGAAGGAUAGGUGUAGUCAUAUCAUCAUAUAUGCACUUUACCAAUGUUUCUGCAAGUGCUGAUCAGGCUCUAGACAGAUUUGCUAUGAAGAAAUUCUUUGAUGAUAAAGUUUCAGCUUUAAUGCAGCCCUCCCAAAGAAGAUAUGUGCAGUUCUUAAGUGGCCUUCUAUCUGGAUCUGUGAAAAUGAAUGCAACCCCUCUUUUCCUGCACUAUGUUAUCCUUCAUGGCAUCCCAAACUUAGAUGCUGGGGGAGCUUGUCGGCCUUUUCUGAAGUUAUACCAGGCUAUGCAACCAGUUUAUACAUCUGGAAUAUAUAGCAUAGGGUCAGAAAAUCAAAGUCGAAUCUGCAUUGCUAUAGACCCUGCCCAGCUUUUGAAGGGAGAUAUUAUGAUGAAGUGUUAUCACAAAAAAUACAGGUCAGCUACUCGUGAUGUGAUUUUUCGCCUUCAGUUUCACACUGGAGCUAUUCAAGGACAUAGCUUGGUGUUUGGCAAAGAAGAUUUGGAUAAUGCCAACAAAGAUGACCGUUUCCCUGAUUACAGCAAGGUGGAAUUAGUGUUUUCAGGAACUCCAGAGAAAAUUCAAGGAUGUGAACACCUUCAGAAUGAUCAUGGAGUAAUAGUUGAUUACAAUACAUCAGACCCACUAAUACGCUGGGAUUCCUAUGAAAAUAUGAGCCCUGAUGGGGAAGUGCUGCAUACCCAAGGUCCCAUUGAUGGCAGUCUGUAUGCAAAAGUGAGAAAGAAGAGCUCUUCAGACAGCAACAUCCCAGGUGUUCCUCAGGGUGUUCAUGUUACAGGCAGUCCUGAUCACAGUGAUCAUACCCUGUCUGUCAGUAGUGAUUCAGGACACUCCACAGCUUCCAUCAGAACUGACAAGACUGAGGAACGCCUUGUCCCAGGAGUUAAACGGGGUCUGAGCCCACAAGAGAAGGCAGAACUGGACCAGCUACUUAGUGGCUUUGGUCUAGAGGAUUCUGUCAGCACCACCAAGGAUAUGACUGAUGCUCAAAGCAAGUACAGUGCUACUCGCCACAUAGUGCCAGCUCAAAUUCACAUGAAUGAAGUUGCCAAAAUGAAGGAUAGGGAGACUGAUAUUCUGGAUGAUGAAAUGCCUAAUCAUGACCUUCACAGUGUGGACAGCAUUGGGACUUUGUCUUCCUCAGAAGGGCAGCACUCUACCCACCUAGGGAACUUCAGUUGCCACAAGAGCAGUCAGAACUCACUUCUUUCAGAUGGCUUUGGAAGUAAUGCUGGGGAAGAGCAUCACAAUGCUUUUGCUGCAGACCUGGGAAUUGGUGUGGAUUCCCUCUAUGAAAGAUCAUUUGGAAGCACUGAGCCAAAGUCAACUGAGCAGCUGCAACAGAAUCCUUCUGUCUCACCCCACCCACAAGCCUAUGGCCCAAGUAACUACUCUACUCAGACUUGGGUGCGCCAGCAGCAGAUGGUCACUGCUCACCAAUAUGGUUUUGCCCCAGAGAAUGAAAUCAGGGUUGGCAUUCAAAACACUGUGGAGAAUUUGGGCAGUGUCCAGAGCCAGUCCCAGGUCCCAGAUGCCCCAACACGUGGCUCUAGCAGCAGAGUUGCUGUCCAGAGAGGGCUAGGAAGCAUGCUGGGUGCUGCAGAAGCUGAAGAACAUGCAAGUGCUGACAGUUUUAAGUCAAGGCCAAUGCCUCAAAGGAACACAAAUGGCCUGGAUCUAGGACAAAAUGCUGGGGACUUGCCAGCUUCUCCAACUUUGGAUAUUGAUCAGUCCAUUGAACAAUUGAACAGGCUGAUCUUGGAGUUAGACCCUACAUUUGAACCUAUCCCAACCCGCAUUAAUGCUCUCACCAGUGACAGAAAUCAAGUAAAUGGCUUCAACAGCCUUGAUGCACACAUAGAAGAGCUUAACAGUAGUUCUGGCUUCCAUGACAAAAUAGAGGUCACAAAAAGGAAUCCCUCCGGGCAUGCAACAGGUAUGCAAGAUGAUGAUGCAACGGGAAAAAGGCUCAGGAAGUUAAGCGUUGGGCAGUAUGACAACGAUGUUCCUGGGGAACCAUCGCCUAACAGGUGUGGAUGGGUGAAGUCUCCUGCUACUCACCAGGCUGUAAUUCCAGCAUCACCAGUUGCUGGAGGGAAAACCAAGGAGAUGAUCGUUGUACAUUACCAAGAUGAAAUAGAUGGGGGAAUCCUCUCCACAAUGAAAAACGGAAAUGAAGCUGUCACAUUCACAUCAGCUUUUCCCCUGUCAACAGAGAUGACAUAUGUGACAACACCUCCACUAUGCCAUCAGCAGAUUCCCUCCAGCCAAAAGGUCAGCAGCCCAUCUGAGCGGUACAGAACCAUUUCUGAGUCUCAAAGUUACACAGAAGCCAUUAACCUCCCUAUGGUGAUGUCUGACAGCACUGUGGGCACUAACUCUUCUUUGCUGAGGACCAACAUGCAGACUGAUCCCUCCUUUCAGCGAUGUUUUGCAUCUUCAUGUACUGUUGCAAGUAGCAGUCCUAUCGCAGGGGCAGAAAGCUCUUCUGCAGCAGAAUGUUCUUGGCUUGAAAGCAGCUCUAAUGCUUCCCUGUCAACCCAGUUUUCAAUGGGAAACACCAGGCAGCCAGGAGGUUACCUUGUGCCCUCUGAAUUUUCAAGUGCUGUGCAGGAUGUCUCUCUCCUGUCUCAUUUCCAAACUCCAGCACUGCAAGUUGUCACCCUGAGCAACCUGGAGAGUUCACCAGCAGAGCCACACCAAGAACAUGCUAUCAGCAGCAGUGCCCGUGCCUACCUGAGCUAUGGCGGUACCAGGGACAGUAGCUCCCCCCAGGAGGAGACACAAGCUACCUGCAUAGCCAAUGCUAGCACAUCUAAAACCCUGAGCUCAUCAGUGGCAAGUGCUGAUGACAAUGACUUUUUGACACAAAACUUUCUUACAGUGGCCUCUGGACACAACAGCCAGAACAGUGCAGUUCCACAUCAGCAUGGAGGGAGCCUACAUGCUCAGCCGCCUCUUCCAGAGAAGAAGAGAUCCUCUGAAGAACGUUCCUUUGCCUCUGUGUCACCUUCUUCAAGUGGCUUCUCUAGCCCUCACAGUGGAAGCACAAUCAGCAUUCCCUUCCCAAAUGUCCUCCCAGAUUUCUCAAAAAUGUUAAGCCCUUCCCCAGUGCCAGAAAACACAGCUGAUAAACAUGUGACCGUAAAAUUUGUUCAGGACACAUCCAAGUUCUGGUAUAAGCCAGAUAUUUCAAGAGAACAAGCCAUUGCUGUUCUCAAGGAAAAGGAACCUGGGUCUUUCAUUGUUCGAGACAGUCAUUCUUUCCGGGGAGCCUAUGGGCUAGCAAUGAAAGUUGCCACACCACCUCCUUCUGUGCUACAGUUAAAGAAAGUUGGAGAUUUGUCAAAUGAACUUGUAAGGCAUUUUCUGAUUGAAUGUACUCAGAAGGGGGUACGCUUGAAAGGAUGCCCGAAUGAACCAUAUUUUGGGAGUUUGACAGCUCUAGUGUAUCAGCAUUCCAUCACUCCACUGGCAUUGCCCUGCAAGCUGCUCAUCCCAGACAGAGAUCCCUUGGAGGAGAUAGCAGAAACUUCUCCACAAACUGCUGCAAACUCAGCUGCGGAGCUUCUCAAACAGGGUGCAGCUUGUAACGUUUGGUACCUGAAUUCUGUGGAGAUGGAGUCACUCACAGGCUACCAGGCAGUACAGAAAGCCUUGAGCCUGACACUGAUGCAAGAUCCUUCUCCUGUCUCAACUGUUGUCCAUUUCAAGGUGUCUGCUCAGGGAAUCACACUGACAGAUAAUCAAAGAAAACUCUUUUUUCGGCGACAUUAUUCAGUCAACACCGUUAUUUUCUGUGCCUUGGAUCCACAGGACAGAAAGUGGAUGAAAGAUGGCCUUUCUGCAAAAGUGUUUGGGUUCAUUGCCAGGAAGCAAGGCAGUGCCACAGACAACGUAUGCCACCUCUUUGCGGAACAUGAUCCAGAGCAACCUGCCAGUGCCAUUGUAAACUUUGUAUCAAAGGUCAUGAUUGGAUCCCAGAAGAAGAUCUGAUGCCUUUCCAUCCUUGAUUCAGAGCUCUUUGCUGACUUCACCAAAGGAAAUCACUGUGAGAGGGAGAAAGGCUAUUCAGCAACAAUAUCUGAGUAUUGUCAUUCCCAGUAAGGAAAGCGGAGGAUGAUCUGUGUAUUGUGUUUGCAAGAGCUCAGGCUUUUAUUUCAAGAUGCCUCACAAAACAUUAUUUCUUUGUUUUUAUAUCAGAGGACAAAACAAAGGAAGCUGCAUGCCACCCAAAGCAAUGUAGCCCUUACCUGAAUGAAGCAUAAAUGAAGAACUUUUAUACUGAUGGGUUUCUAAUAUAUCUUCCUAUGCUGUUUCUCAUAAUUUAUUGUAGCAGAAAUACUUUACUAGAUUGCGCUACUUUUUUUUUUCAGAAAGUGUUUUGUAAAACCUCCACAAAGGCACUUGCCAUGGUUGCAUCAAUGGUAGUUAUAGGCCUUUCAAAUGUGCUUUUAGGAGAGUGAUCGUGUGAGGAAAACUAUUUGCUCUUCCCUAUGUCUUUGUGAUCAGUGAUGAGAACUGAAUGGAGAAAGUGGAAGAUGUAUGUGAAGAGAAGGUUUGUGCAAGCUGUUUUCUGGGAAGAAAGGAGUGGCAGUGUGGAAUAUUCAGGAUGAUUGCUCUGCAUUUAGUGUUAGACUGAGCUGUUUUAGUUUGAAAAUUUUUCAGUAGAGCAGAAGUGGAAGAA